AUGCCUGGCACUCGACUUCUGAAACGUGACUGGGAAAAGGACCACGUCUAUUUGGUCCAAUUUCCACGGGCUGGUUGUAUACCAUCACCAUCGCCGUUUGCACUCAAAGUCGAAACAUGGCUACGAAUGGCCGAGGUCCCCUAUUCAAAUAUUAGCAAUGAAUUCACAAAGAUGUCAAACAAAGGACAAAUUCCGUUCGUCGAAGUGAACGGUAGACAAGUGGCCGAUAGUAACUUCAUAAUCGAUCAUCUCAUUGAAGAAUUCCACAAGAAAAGCAUCGACGAUCGUUUGACACCGAUGGAAAAGUCAUAUGCGAGAGCUUAUCACGCUCUGAUUGAGGAUAGCUUGCGUUGGGUGCUGAUCUAUUCACGAGGACGUGACAAUAAAUGGUUCGCCACGGAAAAGGGUUUUCUACCAUAUUUCACCGGAAUUAAGAAAUUCGCUUUCAAAAGUAUCAUGUGCGAACGGCUGCGGAAACGAAUUAUGUCACAAGCGACAUCGCAGGGUAUGGGACGCAAUACACCGGAAGAAGUGGUGAUACUUGCGAAAAAAGAUCUCGAUGCGAUGAGCAUGUUCCUCGGCAAUAAGAAAUUCUUCUUCGGCGACAAACCGACUACGCGAUGUUGCCGCCAUUUGGCGCGCAGUUCCUCUACACACCCACUUGUUUUGCCUGAAAUCAAAACGCAUAUGGAACAGAGUACCCCAAACUUGGUAGCCUUUGUAAAUCGAAUGAAGGAAACAUAUUGGCCAGAUUGGGAAGAAGCGACGAACACUCGUAGUCUGAACACUAAGUGGAAGCAGUAA